CUUCCGGCAUUUACCUGCAUCACAUACAAAUUUGUGUUAAUGUUCGCGAAGUUUGCGGCGUUACGUAUAUAUUUUUUAUUAAUAUACUUUUAUAGGAUCAUAGCUUAGGAAAACAGACUUUCACUCCAUCCUGGAUAGUCUUCAUAUACCCAGCGAAUUAAUAGGAAAAUUUCCAUUUUUACUAGAAGCAGUUGUGUUAAGGGCCAGGCCUACAGCCAGGUGUGCCAGUGUUGGUAUGGAAUUAACAGAUGACAACUUGCGAACCCUUUCAGAUUACCUCCAACAUACACUCAGCCCCGAUGUUAAUGUCAGGAGACCUGCUGAGAAAUUUCUGGAAUCAGUUGAAGUCAACCAGAACUACCCUCUGCUGUUAUUACAUCUGGUUGACAAACAAGAUGUCCACCUAACAAUACGAGUUGCAGGUGCUGUUGCCUUCAAAAAUUAUAUCAAACGCAAUUGGAAAGUGGAUGAUGAUGCAGGAGAUCGAAUUCAUAUACAGGAUCGAGAAGCAGUCAAACAGCUUAUUGUGAACUUGAUGCUUCACUCUCCAGAAGCAAUCCAGAAGCAGCUGAGUGAUGCAGUGUCCAUUAUUGGUCGUUACGAUUUCCCAAACAAGUGGCCAGAUCUUAUAUCACAGAUGGUCGAAAAAUUUGCUACUGGUGACUUCCAUGUUAUCAAUGGUGUUCUACACACAGCUCAUUCCAUUUUCAAACGAUAUCGUUUUGAAUUUAAAUCUCAAGAACUCUGGACAGAAAUUAAGUUUGUUCUGGAUAAGUUUGCUAAACCUCUCACAGAGUUGUUCCAGGUAACAAUGACCUUAGCAAAUGUUCAUGCAAACAACACUGAUGCACUGAAAGUAAUUUAUAAUUCUCUUCUUAUCAUCUGUAAAGUAUUCUACUCCCUCAAUUUUCAGGAUUUGCCAGAAUUCUUUGAAGACAAUAUGAAAAUUUGGAUGGAGAAUUUCCACAGCCUGCUGACAGCAGAUGUGAAGUGUCUUCAGACCAGUGAUGAUGAUGAUGAACCGGGAGUAAUGGAGCAGUUGAAAUCACAAGUCUGUGAUAAUAUUGCACUGUAUGCACAGAAGUAUGAUGAAGAGUUUCAGUCUUAUCUGCCCCAGUUUGUGACCUCUGUCUGGAACGUUUUGGUGACCACUGAUCUAGGUCCUAAGUAUGAUAUGCUUGUAAGCAAUGCUUUGCAGUUUCUGGCAACCGUUGCAGACCGAACCCAUUAUGGAUAUCUGUUUGAAGAUGUGAAUGUCCUCACCAGUAUAUGUGAGAAGGUUAUCAUCCCAAAUAUGGCCUUCAGAGUUUCAGAUGAGGAGUUGUUUGUAGAUAACGCAGAAGAAUAUAUCCGUCGGGAUAUUGAGGGUUCAGAUGUGGAUACAAGACGGAGAGCAGCUUGCGAUCUGGUCAGAGUUUUAUCACGAUACUUUGAAGGGAAAAUAACAGAAAUUUUCGGCUCCUAUGUGCAAGUCAUGCUUCAAAAGUAUGAAGAGGCGCCAGUGCAGAACUGGAGAGACAAGGACACAGUACUGUAUCUAGUGACUUCACUGGCAUCUAAAGGUCAAACACAACGACAUGGUACCACUCAAACAAAUCAGCUUGUUGAUUUGACUUCUUUCACUACUGAACAUGUCUUACCUGAACUUCAGAAGGAUGCUUCAGACACACAGCCUGUUCUGAUAGCUGACAGUAUCAAAUAUGUAAUGAUAUUUCGUACUGUACUGCCACGAGAGAUGGUGGUGGGAUCAAUUCCACAGCUGGUACGCCAUCUGAUUGCAUACAGCCAAGUUGUACAUACUUAUGCAGCCUGUGCCAUUGAAAAGAUAUUGGUUAUGAAAACGUCUGAUGGAAGCCCUGUGGUGAAAAGGGAUGAACUAGUUCCUGUUGCACCAGACCUGAUGAAUAAUUUAUUUAAAGCAAUGACUCUACCCGGCUCUCAUGAAAAUGAAUAUAUUAUGAAAGCUGUGAUGCGCAGUUUUUCAUCUCUGCAGGAACAUGUUAUUCCAUUCCUUGGUGAGCUGUUGCCCAAAUUGACAGAGAAAUUGUCAGUUGUAGCCCGAAAUCCAAGCCGCCCACAUUUCAACCACUAUCUCUUUGAGGCACUUAGCAUUUCUAUCAGAAUUGUUUGUGUUGCUGAUUCAAAUGCAGUGACUUCAUUUGAAGAAGUUUUAUUCCCAAUAUUUCAGGAAAUUCUUCAGCAAGAUAUUCAAGAAUUUGUACCAUAUGUGUUCCAAAUCUUGUCACUCCUUCUGGGACAGCAUAAGAGUGGUGCAAUACCAGAACCAUACAUGGUUCUGUUUCCCUGCUUGCUUGCUCCUGUACUCUGGGAGCGCCCUGGUAACAUUCAUCCUUUGGUACAGCUAUUGCAAACAUUUGUUCAGACCGGAGCUGCUCAGAUAUCUGCAUCACAAAAAGUGAGUGGAUUGCUUGGUGUGUUUCAGAAGCUAAUAGCUUCAAAAGUUAAUGACCAUGAAGGUUUCUAUUUGUUACAAUCUCUAAUUGAGCAUUUUCCUGACAAUACCCUUUCACCGUACAUGAAGCAAGUAUUUGUUCUCCUGUUUCACCGUUUGUCUUCAUCAAGGACAACAAAGUUUGUGAAAGGCUUGAUUAUCUUCUUUUCCUUAUAUGCAGUCAAAUAUGGCGCUGGCAGUCUUGUAGGAAUGAUUGACAGUAUCCAGCCAGAGAUGUUUGGGAGAGUCCUGGAGAAAGUAAUUAUCCCUGAUGUUCAGAAGAUUUCAGGUGGUGUGGAACGCAAAAUAGCAGCAGUAGGGAUCACAAGUCUUCUCUGUGAUUCCAAGGAAAUGAUGGAUGGUUCCUAUUCUCAUCUGUGGGCAUCACUUCUACAAGCCCUUAUUGGGCUGUUUGAGUUGCCAGAGGAUGAGUCAUCAUUACCAGAUGACCACUACAUUGAAGUUGAGGAUACACCUGGGUACCAAGCAGCUUACUCUCAGCUAGCCUUUGCGAACAAGAAAGAUCCUGAUCCACUGCAUGGUAUCAGUGACCCAAGACUUCAUCUAGCCCAGAGUCUCUACAGGUUGUCUGUUGCGUGUCCUGGCCGAGUGAGUCCACUUUUACGCACUGGUCUCUCAGAUGCUAAUCGUGCAUACUUGAAAAACUAUCUAGAUGCAGCAGGUGUUCAACUUGUAUGAUCUACAUUUCCACUGAACUGUAACAAAGAAAGACAGUGUGUGUUUGUGUGUGUAAAUUAUGUCUCUUUUUUUUAACA